AACAGUAUCUACCACCUAUAGUUAGAUUGUGAAUAAUUAUGACUUAAAAUACCUUUUGGCAAUGGAUGAUAAGGAUAAAUAUCUUUUCUCCGCCGUUCUUAAGAAGGAUUUAAGUACUGUAAAAGUAUCUCUUCAAGAAAAGAAUACGGAAGAAGUUACGCAAUUAGCCGUUCAGAAUAUUAGUAUAUCCAAUCUACCUUUUUCGAUAAGAAGUCUAGAUGUAUUUGAAAAAAUGACAUCAUGUUCAAUUUCGGUUACUACACCAUUUCUUACAUCAGCAGCCCUUGGUUUAGUUGAUAUUUUUGAGAUUUUCAUUCUUAGAGGUGUACCAAUAAAUACAUUGAGUGAUGAAGGGAUUAUGGCAUGCCAUAUGGCCAGUCUUUUCGGUCAAAAGAAAAUCAUGAAAAUGAUAGUGGAAAAGUACGGAGGAAAUAUAUCAAUUCCUGAUCAGUAUGGUUGGUCUUGUCUUCACUUUGCUUGUGUCGAUGGGAUGAAAGAAAUUGCCCAACUGUUAUUGGAGGCUGGCAUUGAUCCUAUGGAGAGGGAUAAGGAUGGAACAACGGCAGCAUAUCGGGCUAAAGAAGCAGGAUAUAUAGAAAUAGUUGAUUUAAUUCGAAUAUACAAUGAUUCUGAUCGGCUGUUGUCUAUUAAGGAUCAUACUGAAGAUGGAUAUGGUUACAUCGAUGUAGAUGAGAUAAAGGAAGAUGAAGGCUACCUUGUUCCAAACGACUUAAAGUCACAACGUCAUAGUAUUCCUCGGCCUCAGUUAAAGAGAUCCGGAAAUGAAUCGCCUGAUUAUACUCCAUCUUUACCUCUUGAUGAAGAAGUAGAGGAUGAAUUGGAUGAAGACGACACAGCUCAAAUAGCGAGUUUACGAGAAGUUACCAGACCCAGACAAAAGCCUAUAAUACCGCCCCCUGCUCCAAAUCGUAAAGUUUCUCAAAACUUAAUGGAUACUAUCAGGCAAGAGCUGCAAAAGUUUCAUGAAUCUAAUUUGAAAAAAGUAACUGAUGAGCCAAAGCCACCAGUCCCUAUUUUUCAACCUCCAGAUGAAAGCGAUGAGGAAGAAGACCACUAUUAUUCCAUAGUUGAUGAUGACGUAGAGGAGGAAGAUCCGUAUUCAACUAUAGCCGAAGUUAUAGCAGCGGCUCAUAAAAAAACAGUUCCAGAUCCACCAACAGUUAGAGGGAGAUUACCUGCUUCAAAAUUACGUCCAGGCCUACCAGAGCAAAUACGAAAAGAUUUUAAUUCCAUCACCAUAAUCCAGGAUAUGCCUGGUUCGGCAGCUCUUAAACGAGCUUGUUUAUUUGUCUCUAUUAGAAUCAACAGCAAUUGGCCUAAACUUGCUAAGGCGCUGGAAUUGUCAAAUGAAGAUAUUAAAAUAAUCAAAACUAAUUAUCACUAUGAUGUAACGCAACAAUGUGCCGUUGCUCUUAAAAGGUGGCAAACUAGCAGAAGUAGGACUGUCGAUGACUUGGUGAUCGUUCUCAAAAAGAGUGGCAUGACAAACAUUGUUGUUGAUCUUCAACAAGUUGUAUCAGAAUUUUCUGCAUAA